AAAGGACAAAUAGAGGCUUGACAAUUCAGCUGUGUAUGCUCUGUGACUUCUAUCGUCUCUGCCAAGUGCUAACAGACACUGCCACUCCUCUUGUUUCUGCAACUCUUCAAGCAAAACAAAACAGCAAAAAGUGAUAGGGUUAACUUAACUUAAACGGCUGCCCUCUGUUUCAGCUCAACCCAAGACUUUUUGUUUUUUAAGAUGACUGAUAGUGAGAUGGUUGGCGUGAAAGAAGAAAAGGGAAGAGAGGAUAUGGAUGAGGAGGUGAAUAUGAACCAUGAAGACCAUCAACUUGAAGCCAAAGACCCACCUUCUUCUGAACGAGAAAAUGGAGACUCUACUAAGAAUGUUGAGGAUGGUGAUGUUAAUAAUGUUGGACCCACUGAGGAUAACCCUGGUUCUGUUGGUGACCAAACCCAUGCAGAUGCCCUACCUUGCGACAAUGUGGAUGGAUUACACGGAAAAUAUGUUCUUGCCAAAACGGAGUCUGUGGGUAACAAUGACAAGGUUGAUGAAUCAGUUGUUGAUAAUAAAGAUUUUGUUGAACCUGCUGCUGCUGCUAAGGCAGAGAAUGAUGCUGCAGCUGUUGAUGAAACUACUAAUAAACUUUCUUAUAGCAAAGAUGAUGGAGGUCGUGAGCCUUCCUUAAAUCGGCUAAAUUGUGUUGCAUCUGAUGAAAGGUCUUCGGAGAUGAAAGCUGAAAAUGAUGAAAAAGACCUGGAAUUGAAUGGAGUGGUUGAAAUGGAGUUGUCUUCUAAAGUUAAAGUUAACGAGUCAAAUCCUCAUGUGGAUGUUGGGUGUGAAGUUGGUAUGAAAAGCUUGAACCUUUCCUUUCUUUAUGAACCUCCUGUUGCCGAGGGUGAUGAAUCAGGAACAGAGGAGGACCAAGCAGCAUUUGUGAAGGAGGUAGAAAGUUUUUAUAAAGACAGAAGCCUAGAGUUUAAGCACCCGAAGUUCUACAAAGAGGACCUGAACUUGCUCAAGUUAUGGAGAGCUGUGGUCAAACUUGGUGGCUAUGAAGAGGUCACUUCAUGCAAGUUGUGGAGGCAAGUGGGAGAAUCAUUUAAUCCCCCAAAGACAUGCACCACUGUCUCCUGGACAUUUCGAAUUUUUUACGAGAAGGCUCUACUCGAAUAUGAGAAGCACAGAUUGCAAGAUGGUGAGCAUUCUUACCGUGGUGUUUCCCUUACUGAGCCCUGUAGGAUUGAAAGUCAGGCUGUUAGCUGUCAGGCUUUAGGAUCAGGCAGGGCUCUGAGGGAUGCCGCAGCUCGUGCUAUGCAAGGUUGGCAUUCUAAGCGCCUACUUGGUAGUGGUGAGGUUUGUCAACCAAUCAUCAAGGAAAAGAACUCAAGUUCAACACCAAAGAGUGAUAGAGAGAUUAAAAAUAUAGGUAUGCUGAAGCGUAAAAGGCUGUCUAGUGUUGAGCAUACUGUUCAGGCUUCUGCUAUGAAAGGAGCAAAUUUACAAUCAGAUACAAUGGUAAUUGAUAUUGGACCUCCUGCUGAUUGGGUGAAGAUUAAUGUGCAAAGAACUAGUGAUUGCUUUGAAGUAUAUGCUUUAGUUCCAGGGCUUCUAAGGGAGGAGGUGCAUGUUCAGUCUGAUCCAGCAGGACGCUUGGUUAUAUCUGGUCAGCCAGAGCAACUGGAUAAUCCAUGGGGUGUGACACCCUUUAAAAAGGUUGUUAGCUUACCGUCCAGAAUUGAUCCACAUCAAACAUCUGCAGUGGUGACUCUGCAUGGCCAGUUGUUUGUGCGUGUUCCAUUUGAGCAGUCAGAUCUGUAGAUUGUGGAAAUUGUUGCCCUUUCCCCCACAUUCAGGGAUUUUUCCUUCAGCUUGCCCUCAAGAAGAUGAAAAAAGACUAACAUCAUAUUGUCAAGUUGGAUUUUGCGAUGUAAGAAUACUUAACUAGUCCACAAUGGCAGUUGAAGGUCAAGCUAAUUUUAUGCCUCUAGUUAUGUUUAUAGUUUAGUAUCAUAGUUAAAUAGGUUUGGAAGAUUAUGGUUUCCUUUUUCUGUUGAGAGAGUUAAAUAUGUAUAACAAUGUAUCUUUUACCUUUUGGGAGUUAGCCAAUGUCUAUUUUACUGCAUAUUUUUUCUUUCUAUUGCAUUUACGCUUCUGUAUGCCAGAAUUUAGAACACACUCGUCUCUAAUUAUACAAAUUCCUUCUUUCUAA